AUGCAGAUCUCGAAGUCCCCCUCGGUCGAGGCGGCGGACGACGCCAAGCUCGAUGCAUACGUCGGCGAAGUCAGCUCGACGCCCUACGUCUCGUCCGCCGACGGCGAGAACGCCAAGGCGCAGGCGCUCGACAUCGAUGCUUCGACCAUCACUCCGGAAGAGCUCAAACAAGUGCUGCGCAAGAUCGAUCUCGUCAUCAUGCCCCUCCUGUGCGUCGCGGUCCUGCUGCAAUUCCUCGACAAGACUUCGCUCAACUAUGCCUCGCUCCUUGGCCUCAAGAAGGACACCAAUCUCAAGGGGCAGGAGUACUCGUGGCUCGGCUCCUUCUUCUACGUCGGCUACCUCGUCGCCACCCCCAUCCACGGAUUCUUCCUCCAAAAGAUGCGCCUCCCGCGUUACGUCGCCAUCUGCAUCGUCCUCUGGGCCAUCUCGCUCGGCGCACACGCAGCUUGCAAGAACUAUGGCCAGCUCUUGGCAGCACGCUUCUUCCUCGGUGUAUUUGAAGGGUCCCUCACAACGGCCAACAUUCUCCUCACUGGUCGAUUCUACACCCAGCAGGAGCAGGUCACACGCACUUCGAUCUGGUUCGCCAACAACGGUUGGGCACAGAUCCUCGGCGGAGGCAUUUCGUACGCUCUCCAGGUGCAGAAGCCCUCCAAGCUCAAGGUGUGGCAGCAGAUGUACCUGAUCCUGGCCGGCGUCGCACUGGCAUUCGGUAUCGUGGUGUGGUUCUUCAUGCCCGACUCGCCCGCUACGAUCCGAUACCUCAACGAGCGCGAGCGCCAGGUGGCCGUGCACCGCAUUAAGCAGAACAAGUCCGGUAUCCACGACUCCAAGUGGAAGUGGGACCAGCUCAAGGAAGCCGUGCUCGACCCACGUAUCUACCUCUUUUUCCUGGUCGUUUUCACCGCCAACGUCGCUAACGGUGGUGUCUCCAACUUUGGCUCCGAGAUCAUCAAGCAAUUCGGCUACAACUCCAAGACUACAGCGCUUCUCGGCAUGGCACCAGGCGCGUUGGAGGUCGUCGCAGUUUACUUCGGCGCUUGGCUCGCCUUCGCCACUGGCACCCGUGUCAUCCCCGGUGUCCUCAUGUACAUGCUCGCCGUCGUCGGAGGCACCAUGAUGAUCGCUAUCCCGGCUCAUGCCAAGGCCGCUCGCUUUACCGGCUAUGUGAUCGUGUAUUGCUACCCCGUCGCUAGCCCUUUCUUUUACAGCUGGCUCAGUUCCAGCGUGUCCGGAACGUCCAAGAGGAUCGUCUUCAACACCGUUCUCCAAGUCGGAUACUCGGUGGGCAACCUCGUGGGUCCCCAGACCUACCGAGCCAAGGAUGCACCAGACUACGUGCCUGCCAAGAUCACGCUCAUCGCCAUGUUCGGAGCGGCAGCCGUGUGCUUGACCGCCAUCGGUUCCGUCCACUACUUGUGGAACAAGCAGAACGGUCUGCUCGCCAAACCUACCGAGGCCGAGGCAGGCGCACAAGACGACCACGAGGACCUCACGGAUCUCACAGACAAGCAGCGUACGACCUUCAGAUACCCCUACUAG